CCAUUGGAUCGCACGUAUUAUGAUCUCCUCAAAGUCGACGUUACGGCUACUGAAGAAGAGAUCAAGAAGUCCUACCGGAAACUUGCUGUAAAGAUGCAUCCAGACAAGGGCGGCAGCGAAGAGGAAUUUGCCAAGUUAUCAGAAGCAUAUACGACACUCGCCGAUUCAACAUUGCGACGACAAUAUAACGAAUAUGGCCUGAAAGGGAGUCAGGGUGCAGAUGGUGCGGAUGGAAUACACCCAGAAAAGUUCUUUCAGGACAUAUUUGGCGGAGAACGAUUCCACGAUUAUAUCGGUACCAUUGCCAUCGGGCGCGAGAUGGGGGAGACAAUGGCACGGCACCAGGCUAGAGAAGAAGCGGGCCAGGACCCGAAUGCGGAACCAGAGCAGGAUGAGGAGUCUGAAGAAGAGAAGAAAAUGAAGGAAGCGGAGAAGGAAGAGGAGCGACAGAAGCGUGUGAAGACGCUGACAGAGAACUUGAAGUCAAAGCUGGACAGCUACGCCUAUGACAAGCAAGAUGGCGGAGCAAAAGAGCGGUUCAGACAGAAGAUGUAUCACGAGGCGGACGAGCUGAAGACCGAGAAAUACGGGAUCGAGUUGCUACAUGCCGUUGGGUAUACGUACCGCAUGAAAGCCUUAUCUUCGUCAUUGCACCCGAAGAAGGGCUGGACACUGGGUGGAUAUAUCCCUUCAAUCCGCGAGAAGACGUAUAUGAUUUCCUCAACAUUCUCGACGAUCAAGAAGGCGUACACUGUGCAGAGCGCAUUCACGGCCAUCCAAAAGGCCGAAGCACGCGGCUGUUCACCGGAGGAGAAGGCAAAGCUUGAACAGAAGGCGGCAGAAAUCGCAAUGGGUGCCUUGUGGGCUGGUGCUAGAAUGGAGGUGGAGGGUGUGAUCAGGGAUGUGUGCGACAACGUCUUGUGGGAUGAUCCGAGCGUGGACAACGACGUAAAGGUACGAAGAGUGGAGGCCCUCGAGAUGCUCGGACACAUCUUUGAGAGU